UAGUUUCUGAAAACGCAUUGGUUUGGGGGGCAAAAAGUUGCACUUUUCAAACCACUGUUUAAUUGGACAGGAUAUAUAUCUUAUAACCAAGAGCAGAAACAAAAAAACAGCGUAUUCUAAUUUUGAGGCCUUGAGUGUUUCUGAAAAUUCUGUAGUGCCACUUUUCGACAAACGUUGGAAAUACUUUUGUUGUAUUCUGAAGAUAACUUAACUGCAUGUUAAGUAAAUCCGAAUACAAGAUGCUUCUGUCUCCAGCAAAGACUCCCAUUCGUAGAAGGGAUGCCUUGCACACAAUGGGUAUACCCUUUGAUGGCCUGAUAAGUCAGGCUACUCCUAUGAAAGAACUAUUGAAAAAGGCUGGGGUUGACUGCAGUGACUCAGAAGAGAAAAAUGAUGGUCCUGUCUUCGAAGAUAAAGCUGUCCGGAAAAAAGUUCUGGAAAGGCCUUCAAAGAAGGUUAUGAAGUCCACACGAAUUCAUGAAAACUUUAAUAUUGGUUCUGUGCCACGUAUGUAUUUUCCUGAUUUCAGACGUGUUGUGAACAGUUCUCAAAGUAGCUUAGACAUAUCUAAUAAUUUCAAAAGCUGUUCCUUGGAGACGCGGAAGAAGCCACGUGCGCCGCAUAAUGAUAAUGCAGAAACUAAAAAGUUUAACAAAAUACCAUUUUCAACUGAAUGCUACGUUGCCAAUACCAAGAAAGAGACUAAGAAAGAAUUUGAUCCAUUGCUUGAAAGUUCCAAAAUGUGGAAACAGAAUGCUCCAUACACUGAAAAAAGUCCAGUUUUUAAUAAAUCGGCAGCAAAACUUGGCCAGUAUCCUGGAGUGUCAUCUAUGCAAUUUAGAGAACAAGAACUGCCUAAUUUUGUAAGAAGUGAAAGGAAUAAACAAUAUCUAUUUAAAGUAGCUUCUCCUGCUGAGAGUAGCGACAGUGACAUCAGUGAAGAUGAUCAGGAUAUAAGUAUUCUUUUAGUGUCAUUAGAUGAGGAUGAAAGCACUAAUAAUGAAACAUCUAAUGACACCGCGAAGACUGACAGUAAUCCCAUGGAUAUUAGUUUGGAAUUGCAUAAUUUGGAGCAAAGGUCUCAGAGACAUCCACUGUCCUUUACAAAUAUUAGCUCGGCAAAAGCCACUUAUAAUGGUGUGCUUGAAACCCCUGAUGUUCAAGACUUUGCAAUCAGCCCAAAGAUUUACAUAACUAAAAGUAAAAACCACAAAAAGCGAAGUGAAAAAAAAGUGCCAGAAAUAAAAGUGAAUGAUACGGAUGCAAAAACAGAACCAACUGGCAUCCACCUUUAUGAGUGGAAAAUCAGGCCCAUUAACUUAACUGGGUUAUGUGUUGAAGGAAUAAGAAGAGAUAUGACUGAGGAGGCAUUAUUAUGGCACAGCACCCUAAUCUGUAAACGAAUAGCACAUAAUGUUGUGAUGACAGUCACUGGCAGUGUGUAUGUUUUGGUUGGAAAGAUGAAUCCAAGUUCUCUUAAAUGUAAAGAGUUUCCCUCAUCUUUCCUUAAAAAAUUUGCUUUUGGAUUUCCUCAAAACUGGAAGGUACACUUUGACAACUACAUUAAAGAGCUUAACAGGUCUAAUUCCAAAGCGUCUAAAGGAAGUAAGGCAAAAACUAAGGUUGAGUGCAAACCUAAUUCAGAGACAGAAAGUUUGUUCCAGAAAUCUGUUCAAUCUCCUAAUGCCACAUUUUCACUGGAGACAAUUAAAGUAACCCGUAGUGGUAGACGAAUCAGACCUCCACAGAGAUUAAUAAUGGACGAAGACUUUAACUUGGCAACAAAAGUGAGAACAGAGUGCCAAAAGAAAUGCAUGAAAGUUCAUCAAACAAGCAGGAAAAUUGACUCCAAGAAGAAGAAACUGAAGGAACAAAGGGCUCCAGCAAAGGUCCCCUUAACAAUAAAUGCAGAAGUUGGAACCCUUGACAGAAAGGAACAGAUGAGUCCGUUUCUGGAGCACAUAUCUAAAGAUGAACAUGGUGACAUUUUUAGUGCAUCCCCAUUAGGGAACAGAAAAGUAAAGCUGGCAACAAAAGUGAGAACAGAGUGCCAAAAGAAAUGCAUGAAAGUUCAUCAGACAAGCAGGAAAAUUGACUCCAAGAAGAAGAAACUGAAGGAACAAAGGGCUCCAGCAAAGGUCCCCUUAACAAUAAAUGCAGAAGUUGGAACCCUUGACAGAAAGGAACAGAUGAGUCCGUUUCUGGAGCAGAUAUCUAAAGAUGAACAUGGUGACAUUUUUAGUGCAUCCCCAUUAGGGAAUAGAAAAGUAAAGUCAUUAAUGUCUAAACAGCUGGCAACAAAAGUGAGAACAGAGUGCCAAAAGAAAUGCAUGAAAGUUCAUCAGACAAGCAGGAAAAUUGACUCCAAGAAGAAGAAACUGAAGGAACAAAGGGCUCCAGCAAAGGUCCCCUUAACAAUAAAUGCAGAAGUUGGAACCCUUGACAGAAAGGAACAGAUGAGUCCGUUUCUGGAGCAGAUAUCUAAAGAUGAACAUGGUGACAUUUUUAGUGCAUCCCCAUUAGGGAAUAGAAAAGUAAAGUCAUUAAUGUCUAAACAGCUGGCAACAAAAGUGAGAACAGAGUGCCAAAAGAAAUGCAUGAAAGUUCAUCAAACAAGCAGGAAAAUUGACUCCAAGAAGAAGAAACUGAAGGAACAAAGGGCUCCAGCAAAGGUCCCCUUAAAAAUAAAUGCAGAAGUUGGAACCCUUGACAGAAAGGAACAGAUGAGUCCGUUUCUGGAGCAGAUAUCUAAAGAUGAACAUGGUGACAUUUUUAGUGCAUCCCCAUUAGGGAAUAGAAAAGUAAAGACUUGUAAAGUGUUAGCAACACCAUCUCGAAGAGUAUCCCGAAAAUUGAAUGAUGGUAAAACUGAGUCUGUUGUUGGACAGCUCUUCAAGAAAGAUGGGGAAGAACUGUCGAAUUACAGCAGUGAUGAGGAUCACUACUUUUACCUGGAUGAAUAAUUUUAGAAAUAAAGAUAAACAAUUUUUUUUCUGUUUUGAGCCAAAGUGAUGGCUUAAUCAGACAACCAGAUUCACUUUGUUUUUGAAGUUUAAAAAAUUAGAAGCAUAAAGGCCUGAUUGUUUUAUUCAUAUGGCUGUUCAGUUCAUGCAAAAGUAAAACCGUUUUUUUUUUUUUCUUCAAACUAAAUUUACAGUUUUUGCAAGAUUAUUAAAUUAUGGUAAAGUAAUAGUUGCAAAAAAUUAUUUGCACAUUUUCAGUAAUAACCCUUCUUUGGAACCACAUCAGCUGAUUGUUCUUAGGGUUUUCAUACUUUUUUUUACAUAACAUCAGUUCAUAUAACUGAGCGCAUAUUAUUUUGUUAAGCAUUAUUAGAACCAUUCAAUAGAUUGUUUUAUUCAUAUGGCUGUUCAGUUUAUGCAAAAGUAAAACCUUUUUUUUUUCAAACUAAAUUUACAGUUUUUGCAAGAUUAUUAAAUUGUUUAUGGUAAAGUAAUAGUUGCAAAAAAUUAUUUGCACAAUUUCAGUAAUAACCCUUCUUUGGAACCACAUCAGCUGAUUGUUUUUAGGGUUUUCAUACUUUUUUUACAUAACAUCAGUUCAAAUAACUGAGUGCGUAUUUUGUUAAUCUUUAUUAGAACCAUUCAAGAGAUUGUUUUAUUCAUAUGGCUGUUCAGUUCAUGCAAAAGUAACAUUUUUUUCAAACUAAAUUUACAGUUUUUGCAAGAUUAUUAAAUUGUUUAUGGUAAAGUAAUAGUUGCAAAAAAUUAUUUGCACAUUUUCAGUAAUAACCCUUCUUUGGAACCACAUCAGAUGAUUGUUCUUAGGGUUUUCAUACUUUACUUUUUUUUUCCCCAUAACAUCAGUUCAAAUAACUGAGUGCAUAUUAUUUUGUUAAGCUUUAUUAGAACCAUUCAAGAGCUCAGAAAUCAGAUUGCUUGUUUCAUGGUAGGUGUCUAGUUUUAAAAAUGUUUUUAAAUGUGUAGCUGGCACAUUUUGCUGUUCUAUAAGUUAAGUUGUAUAUUUCAACAUUUGCAUUUACAUAAUUUAUUAUGGGUUUUAGUUUUCAGUGUAUUGUACUUUUCAUGUCUAUGAUAAAGUAAAUGUACUUAUAAAAAAGUGGCAGGUGUUAUUUUCUAAAUGUGUUAAAAGACAAUCUGACUUUGUUAAAUUCUGUAAAUCUGUUUCUUGUGUAGUAUAUUUGUUGAAGGAUAAACAUGUAUACAAAUCUUA